AUGUGUUGUGUUUGUUCUAAAUUUAUUUUGUGUCAAAAUGAGACAAGUGAUGUAGUUGUUCAGCCAUACAACUCCCUUCUCACACUCAAGAGACUGACACUUAAUGCUGAUUGUGCUGUUGUUCUUGAUAAUACUGCACUCAAUAGAAUAGCUGUGGAGCGCCUUCAUAUAACGACUCCUACUUUUGCUCAAACAAAUUCUUUAGUUUCUACUGUCAUGUCAGCAAGCACAACAACGUUGCACUAUCUAGGGUAUAUGAAUAAUGGCUUGGUUGGCCUCCUUGCUUCUCUAAUACCAACACCAAAGGUGCCACUUUCUGAUGGCUCCCAUACACCACUCACAGUGGAGCGUCAAGUUAAUGUAAUACGCAAGACAACUGUUCUUGAUGUGAUGAGAAGACUUCUUCAGACUAAGAACAUCAUGGUUUCCUCUUACGCUCGGACAAAGGAAGCUAGUCAAGCAAAGUAUAUAUCAAUAUUAAACAUUAUUCAAGGAGAAGUAGAUCCAACACAGGUCCAUGAAAGCCUGCAGAGAAUUCGUGAGAGGAAGCUUGUCAAUUUUAUUGAGUGGGGCCCUGCUAGUAUCCAGGUUGCUUUAUCUAGAAAGUCACCAUACGUCCAAGCUGCUCACAGGGUUAGCGGCCUUAUGCUUGCAAGCCACACAGUUUAUGUGUGGGACCCUCUUAAUCAUCGCAUUCGUGAUGAUGAUUGGAAGCGUGUUGUAGAAAUGUAA